GUCCACUCUCUCUACCCAUCAUGACACCACCGUAUCUCGUAACGCUGAACAAAAUACCCGGUAUCGACCGUCAUGAGCUUGAGAAGCUAGCGCGGAAGGAGGGCAGUGGCAUCACAGACGAAGCCAUGACUUUCAAGAAGCCCUUCCAGACCGUCGUCCGGCCACCCACCACGAAUCACAAUAUUCACGAUGACUAUAUAAAGCAUCCCCCAGAAAACGUGUCCCUGGUGCCCACAGAACCUGUAGAUUUGGCAAGAAAGAGGGCGCAUUCAAAUCUUAGCCGAUGGAGAGAGUGAAGGGACUAGGCCAAAGCAGGCAGAUGUUUCAGGACGCGUAUCUUGUGUUUUUGGGAGGCUAAAGCACGGAGUUGGCUGAUGCACAAUCACCA